UUAAAAAACCCCAUUUCUCCCCUACAUUUUUACUCCAACAAGUAGUAAAUUCAAUUUUGAAACUCCAACCUUUUCCUAGGGUUUUUAGAAGCAUACAGUAAAACCCCCAUUUCUUCUUCUUCCCAUCACUCUCUUCAACACCCCUCUUCAAAAACCGCCCACCUGAAAAUGGAGGAAGAUCACACCUCCACCACUUAAACCACUCACAACCACCGCCACUAUCACCAUGGAACCCGAACCCGAAUCCGAAAACCCUCCUCAAUCUCUCUCCUCGCUGCCCCCUCCUCCACCACCACCACCACCACCUGAACUCCCCGAACAACAACAACCCCCUCUCAAAAAACCCAAAAUGUCCUCCACCACCGCAACCUCCGACGAAGAAACAGCCAGAAAACCACCCCGACUCAAACUCCGCAAAGUCGCCAUCUUCUUCGCGUAUUGCGGCGUAGGAUACCAAGGUAUGCAGAAAAACCCAGGUGCUAAAACCAUCGAAGGCGACCUCGAGGAAGCCCUCUUCUUCGCCGGUGCAGUUUCCGAGGCUGACCGUGGGAUAUCCAAGCGAUUUGACUGGGCCCGUUCUGCUCGCACUGAUAAAGGGGUCAGCGCCGUCGGUCAGGUUGUUUCCGGCAGAUUCUACGUCGACCCACCUGGGUUUGUUCAACGAUUGAACUCCAAUCUCCCUCCCCAGAUCAGGAUUUUCGGGUAUAAAAGGGUAACUCCUUCGUUUAAUGCUAAAAAGUUUUGUGAUAGGCGUAGAUAUGUGUAUUUGUUGCCUGUUUUUGCGCUUGAUCCUAGUUGCCAUCGUGAUAGGGAGAGUGUUCUUGCUAGUUUAGGGUCUGGAAAUGAGCUUGUUAAGUGUUUUGGGUGUUCUGAGAGGGGUAGGAAAGUUAUAGGUUUGAUGGGUAAUAAGAGGGAUUGGGAGAAUACUGGGUUGAUUCAGUCAGGCAUUUCAUCGAACACUGGAGAUGCAUUGUUGAAUUCCGGUGAGAAAGAGGGGAUUGAAGGUGAUGUUGUAUUGGGAAAUUGUGAUGCUGGUGUUGUAGAUUGUGAUGUUUUGGUUCAGUCAGGCAUUUUGUCGAAUACUGGAGAUGCAUCUUUGGUUAGUGAUGAGAAAGAGAAGAAUGUGAAAGAAGAUUGUAAUGUUUCAUUAGAGAAUACAAAUGGUGUUGAUGUGAGUAUGAUGGCUUCGGAUAGUGAAGUAAAUGCCAGUGAGUUUAAGUAUGGGGAAGAAGAAAGAAAGAGGUUUAAUAGAAUACUGAAGUAUUAUGAAGGAACCCAUAAUUUCCACAACUUUACUACCAGAACAAAGGCUGAAGAUCCGUCUGCAAAACGAUACAUUGUGUCAUUUGAAGCAAACACUACUCUAACAAUUGAAGGGAUCGAGUUUGUGAAGUGUGAGGUUGUUGGUCAGAGCUUCAUGCUUCAUCAGAUACGGAAAUUGAUCGGGAUGGCCGUGUCUGUUAUGAGGGAUUUUGUUCCUGAAUCGAUCUAUGAGAGAGCCUUUGACCAGGAUUUUCGGAUUAAUGUGCCUACAGCACCAGAGGUGGGGUUGUACUUGGAUGAGUGUUUUUUCACCUCGUAUAACAAUAAGUGGAACAGCACUCAUGAGGAGGUAUCAAUGAAAGCUUAUGCUGAAGAAGCUGAGGAGUUCAAACUGAAGUACAUAUACUCCCAUAUAGCCAAUACUGAACAUAAGGAAGGAUCUGUUGCUGUUUGGUUACACUCCCUAAAUCACCGUAACUAUCCUGAUUUCCGCCCUUCUAAUGGUGAAGUGGAGAAAGUUGGGAAUGAUGAAGUGCAGAGAGUUGGGGAUGAUGAAGUGCAGAAAGUGGGAAAUGAUGAAGUGCAGAAAGUUGGGGAUGAUGAAGUGCAGAAAGUUGGGGAUGAUGUAGUGGAGAAAGUUGGGAAUGAUGAAGUGCAGAAAGUUGGGGAUGGUGAAGUGCUGAAAGUUGGGAAUGAUGAAUUGCAGAAAGUGGGGGAUGAUGAAGUGAAGGUAGCUGUUGAUGCUGAAGUGCCGAGAGCUGCUGGUGAUGAAGUGAAGGUGGCUGCUGAUGCUGAAGUGUCGAGAGUAGCUGAUGAUGAAGUGAAGAGAACGGCUGAGGGAGAGACAAUGGAUGUUCUUCCCUGAUUUUGUUUUGAAGGGAUAUUCUUACUACAGUUUCUGAUGUGGUAUGAGUAACAUUUUCGAUUUUUCGGUUCCUAUAUUGUUUUCUUAUAUUACAAGAUUCCGUAUUAGCCUAGUAGGAACGGUUGAAAUUGGGGUGGGGGGAGUGUUUUGAUCCCCCUCUAUUAAUCAACCCCACAUUAUAGAUGGAAUUGUAACUUUGAGAUGAUCAUGAUACUUGUGAGAGUGAAUUGUUUUCUGUUCCAGCAAAUGAAAUGAAGUAGGAGCAGAUUCAAGAGGCUA